AUCUUUCUUAACUAUGUUGUCUAAUAUGGGGAGAUGACAACUUAGCAUAGUUGCCAAGGAUUUGAUAUUUUUCUCUCCACUGAAUUAAUACAGGUCUCAAACCCAAAACUGUCUGCCUGCCUGUUUGAACCCUUCAGAAACGUAACUCUGUCAUAAUGCCUCCAUGACAAAUUCUUAAAAGCUAGGCAUUGGAUUCUGCCAACAAAAAUCCAUACCUCCUCACCAAACAGCCCUUGAUGUCCUUUAUUCAGAUUGGUUAGCAGAAUAAUUUUGACCCAGCCUAACACUGCUGUUAUGUGUCUCUGGAAGAAUGAUGGCUUCUUCUUUCUUCAGAGUCCCCAGUGCAGACAGUUUUCUUUCUCGUUUGCUAAUUACAGGAAGAGCUGUGUCAUACUGCAGUUCUGUGUCUGUCACCUGAAUAGUCAGAGGUGGCAGGAGGCAGGAAUUGUGUUUACUUGUUCACUGUGGUAAUGGAUAGGGUUGUGAGGAUCUCACCAACUUUACUUAUGUUUUAUAAUUUUUUUGUUUUUAAACUUGGCAUAACAUUAUCUUAAGAGAACGAACCCUCUGAAUGAUCCACUGGCAGUGUGUAGGUUUUUGCACUUCCUGGGAAACAACACCUCUAAGUUAAAAAUCUAAAUUUAAACCUUAAUUUCUUGAAUAUUUUAUAAACACAGAAUCUCGAUAAAAGCAGAUAGAAAAAUGAUUUUCUAAUAUUGAACUAGAAUCUGCAAACAACAAAAGCACAAGGAGUUGACAAAUGUAAAAUGAGGGUGGAAUGAACUGGGGCAUUUCUCUACCUAACAAAUGGUUUCCAGUCCCUGCUAUAUCUUAAGGGAAAGGUAUUGCCAGGCUCUGAAACACAAAAGAGAUAUGUCCUACCUACUACGUGGCCAAGUGAAUGCUAUCAUGCAGAUAUGGUCAGUGCAAAAACAUAGUGCAGAAAAAUAUUUUUAAAUUUGUGUGGGAAUGUGGAUGUAUGUAAAAGAUGGAGAGUUUAUAUAUAAGUAUGGUAGCUACUGAAAGUGGUUGUAGUUCACCAAUGUGUUUACCAGAAGGGACAUGAGAUUAAGCAAUGCUCACUCUGGGGCUACAUUUGCCAAUUUCUUCACAAUCUGAAGGUAAAUGACAUCAUCCUUGGUUCUACCAAAGAGUCAGGAUUCCAAGCCCAGGAGGCAGGGAAUACUUGUAGAGAAGAUCCUUUUGUUUGGAAGUCAGGUAGACUUUGGCUUUAAUUUUGUUUUGACCUCUUUCCAACUUCAUGACCUUGCACAUGGGUAAGAGUGCCCAUUUCCUAAUUUUCUGGUCAACUCUCCAUUGUAUCAUUUCCUUGCGUUUUUGUGAUUUAAAUUAGGUAGAAAAAUCUCAUUUCUGUUUUUGUUUGCAUCUCUUUGGUGAUUAGGGAAGAUGAGUAUCUUCCAUGUAUUGCCCAGUUUUAAUUUUUAUUUUGAAUGUUUGGGUUUGGGGAAGGCCCAUGAAUAGCACUUUCUUUUCUCCACUGAACAAAUUGAGCAAAUUGAUAUAAAACAAAUAAAUUUGCAGAUGGGAGCCAAAAUGUCAGCUUUGUACAAUGGGGAAGAUAAGUUGCAGGGCAUUGGUUAUUGUGAAAAUCCAGUGGCCCUUAUAACACCACAUUUAAAUUUUUUUUUAAUGUUUAUUUUUGAAAGAGAAAGACAGAGUACAAGCCGGGGAGGGGCAGAGACAGAGGGAGACACAGAAACCAAAGCAGGCUCCAGGCUCUGAGCUGUCAGCACAGAGCCAGACACAGGGCUCAGACUUAGGAACUGCAAGAUCAUAACCUGAGCCAAAGUUGAACACAACUGACUGACCCACCCAGGUGCCCCAACCACCACAUUUAAACAAAUCUAACAAACAGCCUAGAAGCUUGCAACCAUACAAAAAGGACAGAGAUACCUGUAGUUGAAUUACUUGUGCUUGAUUAGAGCAAGUAAAUAUUAGGAGCAGGGAAGAACUCUUCCCUCAGAAUAUUGUGAACUGCCUGUUUGUAUCCUUUGCUCUUUUUUUUUCAUUUUGCUGUUUAUUUCUUAUUUUUCUUAAUUUUUUAAUGUUUAUUCAUUAUUGAGAGACAGAGGGAGACAGAGCAUGAGCAUGGGAGGGGAAGAGACAGGGGGAGACACAGAAUCCAAAGCAGGCUCCAGGCUCUGAACUGUCAGCACAGAGCCAGAUCUGGGGCCCGAACUCACAAACCACAAGAUCAUGCCCUGAGCUGAAGUGGGACACUCAACUGACUGAGGCACCUAGGAGCCCCCAUUUUGCUGUUUAUUUCUUAUUAAUUUGGAAGCGCUACUUUAGAAAUUUUUUUUUAAUUGAAAAUGGUUCUCUCAAGUUUGUUCUUCUGUUUUCAACUUUGGUUUAUUGUGUUUUUACCAUAUUUUUAAAUUUCAGUAUAUUCAGAGACAUAUAUCUUUUCUCUAAGGAUUUUGGUUGAUGUUUUAUGUUUAGCAAUGACUGUACUUGAAAAAAACUAGAAGAUAUUCUGAAGGAUAAAUGAGACAAAGACAUAUUAUGUCCCAGAGCCAAAACUGUAGACAAUUAAUUCUUCACAAAAUAAUGUAUUGAUUCACUGCGAUCACAAACAAGGAUCUAACAGCUCUUUUUUAUGGACAGUUACCAGCGGGGUCUUAAAAUCUUAUAGAAAUAAGGUGCCAAAAAAGGCAAGAAAAAUAUGCAAGAGCUAUUUUAACUGGGUCUUUAUUUUAUGAUAAAAGGAUUUGCUACUUCUUUUCAGGAAAUCACCUUACCUGUGGUUUGAAUGGUUAUUGAAGAGACACGUGUUGUCAUUUCACUUUCAAGUCUUUUAAAAAUGAACGUUUUUCCCCUUUAAGUGAAUUUCAGUUAACUUGGCGAUUCUCCUCCCUCUAAUUGAGGGAAAGCCCCCCUACUUCCCCCAUCACAGGGAGGGGGUGGAGCAUUCUCUGAGAAGCUUGGAACUGAGCUGUGCCUGGCCAGUCUUGGGGGAGGGGCUGCAUUUCAGGAGGCUGCAGCUGACAAGAAGCUUCAAGUGGAGAUUUUGCUGGACCUGAUCAAGCCUGUAGCCUGGUUGCUGUGUUGGCUACCACCCUGCCUGUGUGUUCUCCUUGCAACUCAUUCUUUCAGGCCACAGUUGAAUCCCAGAAACACAGUGUAACCUCAGAAGUGCUGAGCAGGGAGAUGGCUCUGCUGGACAAGCAACUGGAGUGAGAAUCAAGACAACCAGAUUACAGGACCAGAUCCUCCAUGAUCCACGUGACAUUGGGGAGGUGCCUCUGUCAUCCCCAUCACAGGGACUGGGCGGAGAAUUCUCUGAGAAGCUUGGAAGUGAGCUGUGCCUGGCCAGUCUUGGGGGAGGAGCUGCAUUUCACCAGUCUGCAGCUGACAAGAAGCUUCAAGCUUCCCUCCUUUUAGAGUACGAAUGGAGACAACCAGAUCAUAGGGCCACACCCUUCACGAGUCACAAGUUGGUAUCCUCCAUAUUGUCCCAUUCAAACAACAUGUUCAAGCAUCCUUGAGAAAUUCAGCUGGAGAAGAACAGGUGACACAAGCUGUAUAUCCUUUGUAGUUCUAACACAAAAGAGGCUUUGAUCAGAGUAUUGCUCUUGGUUGAAACUGUCUUAGCAGAGUCAAGAAUAGCCAGACACCUCAAUCUCUGAUAAUAACCUCUUGGCACACAUAUAUAAAUCAUAAUGGAUGCCGAGUAUGUCCUGUGCAACUGGAAAGACCAGUUAUGGCCGGCAAAAGUUUUGUCUGGAUAUGAGACUUCAUCAAACAGUGAAAGAAAAAAGGCAUUUUCCCUAGAAGUUCAAAUACUCUCACUAGAUGAAAAAAUUAAAGUGGAAAGCACGGAAACAAAGAUUCUAAAUAAAUCUCAAAUUGAAGCCAUUGCCUCCUCACUAGCAGCACAGUCAGAAGUCAGCACUCCACCUAGAGCGGAAACAGCCUAUGAAAGGUCAUUAAAAGUGGCACUGGAUAUUCUGAAUGAAAGAAUAUAUUUGAGUCAAGCAAGCAGUUCAUAUGACAAAAAAACCACUACUCUGUCUCAAAAUGAUCCACAAAAACUUUCUGAUUCACCCCCUCAUAAAAAGUACCGGAAGCAUGAAGGAGACUUAUCAGAAUGUCUUGAGGAAAGUAAAAAUGCAACAUCCUCGUUAGUAUCAUUAGAGAAUAAUGAUUCCCUGUAUGAUGAUAAAUCACAGGUGCAUGCAACCAUUGAUACGCUUCCAAGUGAAAUGGAAACAAAGUCAUCAGAAAACUCCAGCUGGUGCCAGAGAUUUCCUUCACUUUCAGAAGAUGAUGAUGAAAAGGAAAGCAAGAAAGAGAUUGAUAUCUCAACAGUUAUGCCUUUGCAUUCCACAAUCAAAGAGGAGGAUGUAUGUGUUAAAGAUGAAAAGUUCACUCCAACUUUGCCAUUAGAUACACUCACUGUGCCCAAAGCUUUGAAAGAGGAGGCACAGGACAUUUGCCCAGAGACCCAGGCUAUUUCCUCUGAAUGCUCUUCCUUCUCAGAGUAUAUUGAAGAUCCUGGAGAGGGCCCUUCAAAUCCGUGCUCAGAUACCAGCCAGAAUCAAACUGUAGAAUCAGAAGCAAGUGCUGUGACAUCCACCAGGCAUUGUUCAUGGGAAUGUCAAGUUUCAUUUAGUGCCUCUAACAACGUCCUGGAUUAUUCACUCCUUCUUGUGAAUAAUGAAAGAAAUCCUCAGAGACUGGAUUUUGAAGAACUUGGAGAAGACCUUCAAGCUUCUGAUAAGUCAGUGCAUCUAAAUCCUAUUGAUACUUCCAUAGUAGAUGAGAAUGAGGAAGAUGAAGAACUUCCACGCUUUGUUUUUAAUUAUGAGCCUCGUUCAUUUGAAACAGGAAUGAUAGUCUGGUUUAAAUAUCAAAAAUAUCCAUUUUGGCCAGCAGUGGUGAAGAGCAUCAGGCGAAAGGAGAGAAAAGCAAGUGUGCUUUUUGUUGAGGCAAAUAUGAAUCCUGAAAAGAGAGGUAUUAGGGUGCCUUUUAGAAGAUUAAAGAAAUUUGAUUGUAAAGAGAAACAAGCACUAGUGGAUAAAGCCAGAGAAGAAUACAGUGAAAGUAUUGACUGGUGCAUCUCGCUGAUUUGUGACUACAGAGUAAGACUAGGUUGUAGUUCUUUUGCAGGCUCUUUCCUUGAGUAUUAUGCUGCUGAUAUUAGUUAUCCGAUUAGGAAAGUAAUCAAACAGGAUACCUUCAGGAACUUAUUUCCUAAGCUGCAUAAUGAGAAUCCUGUGGAACAGAUGGUUGUGACUUCCCAGACCAAGAAAAUGUCCUUCCAGAAAAUUCUUCCUGACCGAAUGAAGGCUGCUCGGGACCGAGCCAACAAGAACUUAGUGGACUUCAUUGUGAAUGCAAAGGGAACAGAGAACCAUCUUCUAGCCAUUUUAAAAGGUACAAAAGGAUCCAGGUGGCUGAAAUCAUUUUUGAACGCAAAUAGGUUCACUCCCUGUAUUGAAACAUACUUUGAGGAUGAAGAUCAGUUGGAUGAGGUGGUGAAAUAUUUACAAGAAGUCUACAAACAAAUAGAUGAAAGAAUGCUGACUGUGAUAAGAGAUGAUAAAAUUAAAUUUAUCCUGGAAGUUCUUCUGCCAGAAGCUAUCAUUUGUUCAAUUUCUGCUGUUGAUGGAUUAGAUUACAAGGCAGCUGAAGCAAAGUAUCUAAAGGGACCAUCCCUAGGAUACAGGGAAAGAGAAUUAUUUGAUGCAAAAAUCUUAUUUGAAAAGAGACGGAAACCAUUAACAAAUGAGUCUCAUUAAAUCUCUUGAGAAUCCCAACCAUAACAGAAAAAUUACAUACAUAUUAGUUUUAAAAAGUCGCUGAGCAAUUCUAACAUAUAUUUUCCAGAAAUGAGAAAGUUUGGGUAAUGUAUUCACUUUUUUUUUGACAUUUUUGUGUCUAUGCUGUAUAGUUAAAUACAGUGUGCACAAUCAUUUUAAUAUUAAAAUUGUACUGGUGUUAGAUAUUAACAGAGAUAAUUAGAAAAAACGUCUAAAGAACAUCACAUAUAUUUUUUGCUCAAUUUUUUAUAAAAUAUUGGGUUUUCUCUUAAGCUAGUUGAAUUAUUUUUCCUGCCAUGCCUAUUUAUUUUUGGAAAAAAAUAUCUCUGAGACGUGGAACCAAAGAUAGAGAGAUGCUUUGCUAUAUACUAUAGCUAACUGCAAUUGCUUUUGCAAGAUAACAGUCUGGAAUUCAAAAAUAAAGUAAAUAGAUUACCUGCAUGCAGUCUUUCUGUGUGUGAAUAACAUCUCAGCAUGCAGAAAAUAAUUUUGGCAGCCUUGAACAGGAUUGUUCAUUUUAUGUUUCCCUGAAAUUCCAUUUAUGGAGUGUCUUUUAUUCAAUAGUUGAAUGGUUUCUUGCCUUUUGGCUGUCUUCAUUAUUAACAGUGAGACUGUAUCUUAAUAUAGCCGUCUGAUCACAUGUGAAAGGCAGCUAGAGUCAUUGUAUUCAUGGUCUGGCUACUCUAGAUGAAUGAAUCCAGACUGACUGCUUAAAAGCCCAUCUAAUUUGAUAUAAACUAUAGAAAUGCAAGCACUUUGUUCUGAGUCUUGUAUCUCUGAAUAUACAGUCAUUUGUUUCAAACCAACCAAUCUUCAGCAUCUGGCUUAUUCGUAAAAUAGUUCUAGUUGGUUCCAAUAGUAUAAAUGCCAACUGGUACGUUAUUCCAGGCUACUAGAAAGAGUAGAUGGACUAGAAUCUGUGAAUUUGGAAAUGGGUCACAGAAAAAGCCUUCAUUUGGCCAAAAUUGACAGUUAUCUGAAUAUGAUUUAAAAUAUACAAUUAAAAGUUAAAGUUUGAAGCCAAUGAAUUGUUUAUUCUAACUUGAAACAAGACUUUAGUGAGAAUAAAUAUUAGGAGAGCUGCUUUAUUUUUAAAAAUAGAUGUAAAAAUAAAUGCUAAAGGCUUAACGUUUACCUGUCUGCGUUUUUACUGAGUGAGACACAUACCAUUCUUGGGUUUUUGUUAUGUGUUCACAUGGCCACAUGUUUAUGUAAAAGUUACAAAUGUUUUAUGUUUUGAUUUGCAAUAAAACUAUUAUACCUUUCACUUUGGAUUGUCACUUUAUCAUACUUCAGAUUGUGCAGCCUCCAAAGUAGUGUUUCUGUAAAAAAAAUUAUACACACACACAUAUAUUAUAAUUUGGAAUUUUUGCCUAUUGUAGUUGUCAUAAGUUUAACACAUGUUAUACAUUAUCAUUCUAAAUAAAUAUUCACUUUCAUGA